AUGGCCGUAUUCGAUGAGAAACCAUCAGUGGAGCCUAUGGUUCAAUUCAAAUGGGAAAUUGGCAGCACAAUAUCUGAUGAACAAUAUGACCAAGCAUGCCAGGAAAAGAGGAAUUUCAAGGAAUUUCUGGAGAAGGAAGUGUUCAUAGAUCGGACAAUAAUGAUAUUGCCCGGCGGAUUCCCCGGGCCUCUAUACAGAGAUGAGGUAUCAAGAACUCACGAACAACGUAAGAAGUGGCAAGGCUAUGGACUCCAAGAUGUCACUUUCUCGGUGCUGGGAGGGUUGCCUGCUGUAGUUCUACCAGUGGGCGAACGCAUAUAUCGGUCAAAAUUCUCUGGUAAAGAUGAGAAACAACCUAUUAGCGUGAUGAUUGUUGGACCUCGUGGUAAGAACUUCUACACAUCAAGAGAAGCCUGA